CCAGUGCUGGGAUUAAAGGCGUGCACCUCUACGGUCUGUCGGACAGAGCCUCGCUUUGGUCAGACACAGACACGGCAGAUCUAACUCCUCUUCCCUGCCUACGAUCUCUCCUUCAACAUCUCGGCACCUCCUCGGAGCCAGCCCGCCAACCCGGCCCGCUCCCCGCAGCGUGCGGUCCAUCACCUGGAGACUCUCCUUCAGCUGCGGGAUGAGCAUCUUAUAGCGCUGCACAGGAUCGAAGUCCUGCUGCUGCUGCUGCAGGAGCCCACUCUGGCCAGGUCCCACCAGCUGCGUCGGUUGCGGCUGUUGCUGGGGACCCGGGCCACCGGCAGAGCCCGGACCUGAAACACCCGCCGCGGAGGAAACGGCCGAAGCCUGCUGCUGGGGCGCAGCCAUUUUCCUCAGGUAGAACACAGGAUGUGCGUCACAAGCGCGUCCGCUGCGCUCUCACGUCAGCCUCUUCGUUUGCUAGUUAGCUCCGCCUCCCAGGCAGGUUAGCCAAUGAAAGGAGAGGAUUUGUGUUCGCCUCUCCCGUUUCAAAACCGAGGCCGUGACUGGGUACCGCUCCACCAAUCGGAAAGGCGGUUCUCCGCUAGCCCCGCCCCCCGCCCCCAGCUUGCCAAUCGCCGUGAGGGACUGACCGCACUCUAUUUCCCCGAAGGCCUUGCAGCUUGAGGCUACCUGUCCGUCUAGGUGGCUGUUGGAGCGGGAGCUGUGAGGCCGCGUCCGGCGCUGCCCGCGCUUUCGCUGGAGUCUCAGCCGAGCCCUUCUCGCCGGCCCACCUCAUCCCGCCUUUCCCCGCGGAGCCCAGCGCCUCCCGGGGCCUGUCCUCAGCUCCGGCGUCUCGAAGUCGGCACGCCCCUCGGCGUCGGCCCGCGGCCAGCGAGGACACAGCCCGCGCCGCCGUCGCCUGGUCGCGAUGGCGCCCACCAUCCAGACCCAGGCGCAGCGGGAAGAAGGCCACAGGCCCAAUUCCCACCGGACCUUGCCCGAGAGGUCUGGAGUGGUCUGCCGAGUCAAGUACUGCAACAGCCUUCCUGACAUCCCGUUUGACCCUAAGUUCAUCACCUACCCCUUCGACCAGAACAGGUUUGUUCAGUACAAAGCAACUUCCCUGGAGAAACAGCACAAACAUGACCUCCUGACUGAGCCUGACCUGGGGGUCACCAUUGACCUCAUCAACCCUGACACCUACCGCAUUGAUCCCAAUGUUCUUCUGGAUCCGGCUGAUGAGAAGCUUUUGGAAGAGGAGAUUCAGGCACCCACUAGCUCUAAGAGAUCCCAGCAGCAUGCGAAGGUGGUGCCAUGGAUGCGGAAGACAGAGUAUAUCUCCACUGAGUUCAACAGAUACGGCAUCUCCAAUGAGAAGCCUGAGGUCAAGAUUGGGGUUUCUGUGAAGCAGCAGUUCACAGAGGAAGAAAUAUACAAAGACAGGGACAGCCAGAUCACAGCUAUUGAGAAGACUUUUGAAGAUGCCCAGAAAUCGAUCUCCCAGCAUUACAGCAAGCCCCGAGUGACACCAGUGGAGGUCAUGCCUGUCUUCCCAGACUUCAAGAUGUGGAUCAACCCAUGUGCUCAGGUCAUUUUUGACUCAGACCCAGCCCCUAAGGACACGAGUGGGGCAGCCGCACUGGAGAUGAUGUCUCAGGCCAUGAUCAGGGGCAUGAUGGAUGAGGAAGGGAACCAGUUUGUGGCUUAUUUCCUGCCUGUGGAAGAGACACUAAAGAAGAGGAAACGGGACCAGGAGGAGGAGAUGGACUACGCACCAGAUGACGUGUAUGACUACAAGAUUGCUCGGGAAUACAACUGGAAUGUGAAGAACAAAGCCAGUAAGGGUUAUGAGGAGAACUAUUUCUUCAUCUUCCGAGAGGGUGAUGGGGUUUACUACAAUGAGCUGGAGACCAGGGUCCGUCUUAGUAAGCGUCGGGCCAAGGCUGGGGUUCAGUCAGGUACCAAUGCCCUGCUUGUGGUCAAACACCGUGACAUGAAUGAGAAGGAAUUAGAAGCCCAGGAGGCACGAAAGGCCCAGUUGGAAAACCACGAACCGGAGGAGGAGGAGGAGGAGGAGAUGGAGGCUGAAGAGAAAGAAGCUGGGGGCUCAGAUGAGGAGCCCGAGAAGGGCAGCAGCAGUGAAAAGGAAGGCAGUGAGGAUGAGCGCUCUGGCAGCGAGAGUGACCGAGAGGAGGGUGACAGGGAUGAGGCAAGUGACAAGAGCGGCGAGGAUGAGAGCAGUGAGGAUGAAGCUCGUGCUGCCCGGGACAAAGAAGAAAUUUUCGGUAGUGAUGCUGACUCGGAAGAUGACGCAGACUCUGAUGAUGAGGACAGAGGGCAGGCCCGUAGGGGAAGUGACAAUGAAUCGGACAGUGGCAGUGAUGGGGGUGGCCAGCGGAGCCGCAGCCAGAGCCGGAGUCGUAGCCGGAGUGCUAGCCCUUUCCCCAGUGGCAGUGAGCACUCAGCUCAGGAGGAUGGCAGCGAAGCUGCAGCUUCGGAUUCCAGCGAGGCUGACAGUGACAGUGACUGAGCCUCACCGCCUCUCGAGGAGGCCGGCACAGGCACCAUUAGGGCAGGGAAGCACUUUUCUAGUUGUCUGUUUUGUGAGCCCUUUGUUCAUCCCCACCCCAGUCUUUGCUGUUAAUAAAACUAACUUCUCUUGA